GUUUCCCGCCUGUGAUGAGGGUCUCGCGCUGGGUUUGAAUACCGCGGCUGCGCCGGGAGACGGUUGAAGGGAGUGGGAGUGGAAGUGGAGCAGGGGCAGGCGGGACGCCCGGAUUAGCACAUUUACCGAAGGUAGAAGUGCACCUACCACCUCUCUUGGGAAAACACUGCAGCUAACCAACCAUGUGGAGGCAAGCACUAAACUUGGUUCAGCACGCUUUGGGGAUCAUAAAGUUUCUAUCCACCUGUGAAAGUGAUGAUGAAACAUGUGAAAUUCCUUUUGACAAUGCAGCUACUAUCUAUGGCAGAUCACUAACUGAAAUGCUGCAGAAAGGUUCGAGGCUGGUGUAUGAACAAACCACAAGGGAUUAUGGGAAACCAAUUGGUGAGACCCUCAAACUUAACUGCCUGCUUUCUACGGCUGGGGUCUGGCAUCUACGAAAAAGAAUGUGACAUGGGAUUAAUGAAGCCCAAUGCUCUACAAAGCACCUUUACCAGUAUUCCAGGUGAAAGCCAUAAAAGAUAUUGAAGACUAUUAUGAGAAGAUAAAGAGGUCUGUUGAUGGAAGAAUUCCUGCUGGUGGUUAUUACGAGAAGGUAAAGAGGAAUAUAGAUGACGAUGUAGAUGGCGAUGAGGACUAUGAUGAGGAUGAUGAUGACGAAGAUAUUGAUUAUGAGGACUCAAGGAAUAAAGCUAAGCGACAUGUGCACAGAGCCAGAAAAGCAUUAGAUGAAGAAAGGGAGAAAAGAGAAUAUGAGUAUUAUUCUCGUGGGAAAUUUGCCAGGGAUAUUGAUGACUAUGUGCGUUAGCUACAGUAUUAGUGGUCCAUUGCUUUGUCAGAUGUUCAAAAUGUAAUUUGUCCAUACAGUGUCUACCUAAAAGAAGUAAUAAGAGGAAAUAAAGAUUUCUACAUGUC